CGCUUAUUCCGCGAUUAAUCUCUGUUGCUUUUCCUCAUAAGCUGUAUCAGGCAGACUAUUUUUCUUCGUGUGCGCGCAUGUAUGUGUUUCUUUUAAUCAAUUUGCUAACUGUGGUUUUUCAAAAUGAGAAUACGUUUCGCACUUGUGGUGUUGCUUAUGUCAGCCGCAUCCAUAUUUGACGCAAGUCCUAUCAACGAUGACUUCAUUUAUUUGCGUAAGAUAUUUCCUGGACAGUACGACAAUUCAUGGCAAGUUUUUAUGGAUAUGGUAAUAGAUUUACCACCGCCUUUACAACACCAGCGUUUUUCCGCGGAAAUCUUUGCAGAAAAUGUCCCGAUUUUCCCCAGCAACGUGGCAACAUUUUACCUGCAGGAAUACACUGGAGGCGACCCGAAAAACAUUGUGCGUCAGAAAAUCUACGCCUUCCAGAUUAAUUCCACCACGCAGGAGAUCAUUACUAAAUUCUACAGUUUUGUAGACCCAGCGAAAUUCAUCAAUGCGCAGGAUAAUCCGGGCCUAUUUCAGAAUCUCACGUGGUCUGAUUUAAUUUACCUGCCCGGAUGUGAUGUCAAAUGGGACCGCGUAGAGCCCUACUUGUUCCGGACGUCAGCGAUAGACAGAUGUGUCAUUGUCUACAACAACGUGUCGUAUGAGAUCGUGGAUAGUAACGACUUGACCCAAAAUUAUCUUACGGUAAAUGAGAAGUGGACGUUUGUGUCUAACGGCAGUGUUUUCCGCGCUGGGAUGCCAUAUAACCUGACAAAGCUAGACACUCCCAAAAGGACGAAACCAAUCUCUCAACACGCACUUGGGGUUCCAAGGAGACAGUUGAACAGUUUUGAGGAAAUUAUCACGGCGCUGUCACACGCACUUCCGGUAACUUUGUACAUAGAUGUACCCACGUGUAAACUGGGAAACUCCUCCAACAAAUCCACGGAAACAUUGAACGCUGGAGAUGAUUUUGCCAUCCAGGGAUAUUCCGUCGAUAUCGACACAUUUGAAUUAUUCAAUUCUUCCGUGUUUGGACCAUAUCCUUAUUUCGGGUUUUCAGAUACGCCCAUUGUGCGGACAUCAAGAGGUGACAUGUUUCAGCUCCGCGAAGGGAAGUUCUAUUCCGUUGGGGGUAUCUUCUUAACAGUCACAUGGUUAAAUCCGGCCAACUACUCCAGAGCACAGCAGUUCAUAUUCGGCUGUCAGCUCCAUGACCCUACCCGGGGGAACAGUGGACAGAUAAUGGCUGUGACUUCAGACCUUAACCUCACCCGGGUCAACAGCUUCGGUCAGCUGGUUUCCGCCAUAAAGAGCGGCUACAACUUCCGGUUUUAUGUGCGGUAUAUGAACUGCAAACAAGGUCCUAAAGUCAACGCUUUUGCUGGAGGUAUUAUUGAAGGAAUGAACCUCGAUCCGAUGGGGAAAUCGGUAUCAUUUGGUAAAUCCAAAUUGAUCACAAACUACCAAGGCUCUGGUUACGUCACAGACGUUGUCACCGGCGUCAUCUACGAGAAUGGCUUCUACGCAACGUUCACGGCCUCUGAUGACUACGUACAGACCUUCAAGAGAGUGUACAUCGAGACGUUUGUGUGCGACAUGACCUCAUCCUCUGUUCAGGGUGCCGUGGACUUGUACAUGUACUAGACUUCUAAAUGGACACGUAGUCCUCACACUGGAAACUUGUUCAAGUACCAACCUGUAGUCACUUUUCCACGGACUUACGGACAUGUACUAGAAUUCUAAAUGGACAUUUAUUUAUAAAAAUUAACACUUAUGUUAACAUCAGAGUUCCUUUGACACAUAACACGUCCUGAUUCAUUUCCCAUGCCUGACAACUAUUUUAGAAUGUUCGUCGUAACGUUGCAAAGAAAUAAAUCGGAAGUUGUUAUCUACAUAAAAAUCUGUAAUUUUAUGCUCUCAACUUUUAAAUGCCUCUUAAGAAACUUGGUUAUGUUGUAAAACUUGUCCGCAUACGAGACAAUUCCUCGUGUACAUUUAGCACUCCGUGUUACAAGCCUAUUCAAAUAAAACAUUCCCUUCUGUUCAGUAAA